AUGGUGGUUCGAUUCCAAACGUACCCGGAUGAACGGCAAAAUCGCCGAGAGAAGCCCGCCCCAGGGCUUUUCACCUCGAUAAAACUACCUGAAGCCGAGCCCCCAAACGGGGUGGCGCCCCUGCUGGAUUUCCCGCGGGGGCGCAUGCGACCAGUUACUUUCCUGGGCGAGGGACCACAUGGCACUGUAAGUAACAUAAUAUUAUUAAUAUAA